AGGCGCUCAGUAUCUUCGACCACGGCGGCAACGAUCGCCUGGGGGCUUUUUUCGCGGCGAACGGCGUCCCGGCAUCCAUGGGCUACCAGCGGUAUUCGACCCCCGCCGCGGAGUGGUUCCGCGAGGCGUGGAUCAAGAGCCGCACGCUCGACCGGGAGGUGCCCGAGCCUCCCCCGGGCGUCGCCCGCGGCCCGUGCACCGAGGGCGCGGCGAAGGCUAAACAGCCCGCCGCCGCUCCCCCGGUAGACCUCCUCGACAUGGACGCGGCGGCGUCACCGGCGCCCGCGCCCGCGGCCGACCUGCUGGACCUGGGCGGCGGCUCCGCCGCGGGGCCGGCCGAGGCCGACCUGCUGGGCGUCGGCGCGGGCGCCACGCACAGGACCUCGACCCCGCGUCCGCCGACGUCCUCGGGCUCGGCGACCUGGGCGCUGCUGCCGCGCCGCCUGCCGGCGGCCUGUUGGGCCUCGACCUGGCGCCCGCAGCGCCGGCGCUGUCCACCAGCCCGGCGCCGGCGGGCGGCCUGCUGUUCGACCUGGCGCCCGCGGCGGCGCCGACGCCGGCGGUGGCUGCCCCGGCCACUGCAGCGCCGCUCACCAUGGCGGCAGGCGCAAAGAUGGCAGACGGCCCGCAGAAGAAGGACGACGACCCCUUCGCGUUCGCCAUGCAGAAGUGGGCGAUGUGAGCGACCGUGGGCCUCUCGGAGCCGGCACGCCCACGACCACAAGUGGUGAGAGGGUGUAGGAUGCCGUUUUGCUGUCAGGUUCCCUUGCAUUCUCUACGCUUUGUUUGUUGGCACGUUUCCAGAAUCUCAUUGCGAGCACAUUUCUUCGGAGUGCGAAGGCGCUCGAUACAGCUGCACUCGCGUAUCGCCAGGCUAUGGGGAAAACCCUAGCAGCGAGACCAGUAUUUUCGGUGAGAGAGCCAGGCGGGCCCUUUGACUCAUCGAUGUUUGCGCCACCUUUUUCGAACGGCGGAAAAGUCCUUCAAGGGAGGAAGCGGGCAAUGCGAUGCCGCCUUCAUGGUCAAUGAAGUGAGCUGAUGUGGCAUUCGCAGGGGGCUCGGCCUCUCCAGUAGUGGGCAGCGCUCGCCGUGAUCGCUUGAGCUCAUUGCUCAGCUGACCCCAGGUACGAUACCACCCCUAGACAUUCGGCGUCCUGGCUGCCAGGCAAGUGGCACGCGCGCCCAGGACGGCACAAGCUGCCAGGCGAG